AUGGCCUACAACCAGUACUACAACUCGCCUCAUCCAGGCGGGAUGAACCCCUACGGCGGAGAAGAGCUAGCCGAAGAGAUCCACCCGCGCUACUCUGCCGACCCGUUCUCGAACCAACAGCCUUACUCGUCCCUCCCGCUGAGCCAAGACCCCGAGAUGGUCGACUUGUCGAGCGGCCAGCGGCCCCUGAGCGGGGUGGGGAGCGAUACGGGGAGUUCGUCGGCUUAUUGGGCGCCUGGGCGGAGUGCGGCGGCUGGAGGUGCGGCGGGCGCGGGAGCGUACGGGCUGGGCGAGGACUGGGACGACGGACAGGACAGCUGGUGGAGGCGGAGACGGUGGCUUGUGAUUGCUGCCAUCUGCGGGCUGAUCGCGGCAUUGGCGAUUGGUCUCGGAGUUGGGUUGGGCGUCGGGCUGAACAACUCGAAGAAGAAUGACAACGCGGCGCGGCUGAGCGACUCGAAGAGCUCGUCGGACCGGCCGACCGGCAGUAGCGUCAGCGUCGGAACCGUCCUCUUCACCAGCACGAGCUUUUUGAGCGGGAGCUCAGCAUCCGAGGUCGUCUCGACGUCCACGGCCAGCAGCACCGUGCCCGACCCGACAACAUCGAGCCCAACGACAACGCCUCCACCGAGCUCCUCCUCGACCACGACUUCAUCCACAACUACCACGCCCAGCAGUUCUUCAGCCUCGUCGUCUUCCAGCUCUUCCUCAUCUUCGUCCUCCGCCUCGUCUAGCUUUUCAUCAAGCUCAAGCAGCACCAGCUCGUCCAGCUCGAGCUCGAGCUCCUCGUCCUCGAGUUCUAGCUCGACCUCUUCUUCGUCUUCCGCUACGACGACGAGUCCACCCGGCGCGACCACGACGCCUCCCCUCUCGACCGACACUAACGGCGGCACCUACACCUUCACAACCCGUCCCAUCACUCCUUCUUCUGCCCUCUCAUCUGCCGCGUCGGCCGUCACGUCGCGCGUGCCGUUCGCCUCGCGCUCGUUGACUGCGGCUGCCUGA